UCCUCCUCGCAGCACUGUCUCUCUCUGCUUUCGCUUGCAGUAGUAUCAGGGCAGCCUCAUUCUCUCAGGAUGAAGGGCCCUUGUGUGCUGUUCGUGGCUCUAACUGUCUGCAAUUCCAUCGCCAAGCCCCUCGGAAGCAUAUCUCAAGAUGAACUUGGCAUCUCACACCGCUUCCGUAGGAGUCUCCCUGUCAACUUACCUUUUGAGCCUGAGAUGCUGUCCUAUAUGCCUCCUGAGUCAUCACGAAAUGAGCCCCUCUACCCAGACAUGAAUCAAGCAAUGCUGGCCAGGUUACUAACUGCCUACCCACAGGAAGAGCUGCUGGCUCAAGCUUUGGAGAGAAUGGGGAGCCAGCACAGAGUGGAACCCACUCAGGACAACCUGUCACUCCACCAACUGCUUGAGGAAGGACACAGGAGAGAUAAGGAAACCUUGUAUCUGGCAAACCUCCUGCACUUGUGGAACCAAAUCAAUCAGGCCAGAGGAUAUUCUGAACAGGUACCUCGUGGACCCAUGAAGAUUGAUGGUGAUUUUCCAAGAUCUUACCAAGAUUACGAUGAGACAGGUUUAGGCCCCAUCAGACCACAGGUUACAAGGAGCCAGAUGGCACAGGCCCUGAGCCAUUACAGACAGGAUGGGGGAUAUGAGGGCCCCUCUCUUCGCUUGCAAUCAGAAGAACCCAACGAUGAAGCUGUACCCAUGGACGAGGACAUGUUACGAUAUUUGAUGACUCGUGUCCUCUCUGCAAUGAGUGAAGUGCCCCAGCGCCUGCCCCCCACUUCCAAUCGCCGUAUGCGCCGCGCCAUUGAUGAUGAGAUGAAAGGAGAUCUGUCUCCCAACCUCCUUCGUGUGAAACGACUGGACGAUGAGCUGGAUUCUGACUAUGCUACCAAUGGACUGCUGCGCAGGAAGAGGAUUGAUGGGGAUUUAGAUACUCAGCCGAAACAUUUUUCUGAACACAGGAUGACAGAAAGGCUCCUGAAAUAUCUCCCUGACUAACUGUAUCUAUACAUACCCAUAUACUCCUCUAUGGCUUCUAUACUUCAAGCAUAACCCCGUACUCUAUAUUACAUCAUUCGUACCUCCAUACUGUAUCCAUAUGUCACUCGUACCUCCCUACUGUAUCCAUACAUCACUCGUACCUCCAUACUGGAUCUAUACAUCACUCUACCUCCUUACUGUAUCCAUACGUCACUCGUACCUCCAUAAUGUAUCCAUUCGAAACUUAUACCUCCCUACUGUAUCUAUGCCUCACUGGUACCUCCCUACUGUAUCUAUGCCUCACUGGUACCUCCCUACUGUAUCUAUGCCUCACUGGUACCUCCCUACUGUAUCCAUACAUCACUCGUACCUCCCUACUGUAUCCAUACGUCAAUCAUACCUCCCUACUGUAUCUAUGCCUCACUGGUACCUCCAUACUGUAUCCAUACAUCACUCGUACCUCCCUACUGUAUCCAUACGUCAAUCAUACCUCCCUACUGUAUCUAUACCUCACUGGUACCUCCCUGCUGUAUCUAUACGUCACUCGUACCUCCAUACUGUAUCCAUACGUCACUCGUACCUCCAUACUGUAUCCAUACAUCCCUUGUACCUUCAUACUGCAUCCAUACGUCACUCGUACCUCCAUAAUGUAUCCAUUCGUCACUUAUACCUCCAUACUGUAUCUAUACAUCACCAUACUGUAUCUAUACCUCCAUUCUGUAUCUAUACAUCACUCUGCCUCAUUACUGUAUCUAUACAUCACUCGUACCUCCCUACUGUAUCCAUAUGUCACUCGUACCUCCCUACUGUAUCUAUACCAUUUCAGUCUAUCUGGGGUAGUGACAGACGGAGAAUGUAAGUUUUGGUUGGGGCCAAUCAAUGUUUUAACCGUUGUGCAAUUGUGGGAAUCAGGGGAUGGGGCGCAGGGCGGUUCAGAAGAUGUGAAAUUGUGGCUAGUUUUCUACAUAUGCUGUAUGUACAUUGCAUACAUGUGCACACACGCAUUUUGUACACAUACAUACAUGUAUACAAAUACUGUCUGCAACGGGAAGCAGUUUUGCCUUAAAUAAAGGGUCUUAAAUGCUUAGUAUUGUGAGUGACACUAUAAUAUUCGCUCCACAAUAUGCACAGACAUUGCUCUGUAACAAUACAAAUAGAAAACAACACCCACCACACACAGACCGCACUCUGUAACCACACACACAGACAGCUCUCUAUAACCACACACACUGACAGUGCUCUGCAACCCCACACACACAGACAGAGCUCUAUAACCACACACAGACAGCGCUCUGGAAGCACACACACACACAGACAGCGCUCUGUAAGCACACACACACACAGACAGCACUCUGUAAGCAAACACACACAGACAGCACUCUGCAAGCACACACACAGUGCUCCUGGUAAUAGGCAGGUUAGAGAGACAGAAGGCUUUGGUGAUUCCAUUUUACAUUGAGUUCACUGAGAAAGCAAAGCAAGCCAUAGACUUUAUUGUAUAACUCUAAUGCAACAUCCACAUAUCAAUACUUUGAAACGAAAGGAGGAGACAUGGAAAAUAUAAAUCUAGAUGUAUAGUGUGAUGACGUAUGAUGUAUCUUUCCAUCACACGCACAGACAGCACUCUGUAAGCACACACACACAGACAGUGCUCUGUAACCACACACACACACAGACAGUGCUCUGUAACCACACAAACAGACAGUGCUCUGUAACCACACAAACAGACAGUGCUCUGUAACCACACGCACAGACAGUGCUCUGUAACCGCACACGCACAGACAGCACUCCAUAACCACACACACAGACAGUGCUCUGUAACCACACACGCACAGACAGUGCUCUGCAACCGCACACACAUAGACAGCACUCUGUAACCACACACACAGUGCUCUGCAACCGCACACGCACAGACAGCACUCUGUAACCACACACACAGUGCUCUGCAACCGCACACGCACAGACAGCACUCCAUAACCACACACACAGACAGUGCUCUGUAACCACACA